AUGGCUUGGCAGCCUAAUCUGACUUCAACGGCUAAACAAAAGUCUGUUUUAUACGUGGAGUAUAGUAAUUUAAUAAAAGAGUUAGGCCAUUAUAUGCCGCAAUUUAAAGCAUCGGUUAAAGAUUUACAAGAGCCAUCGCAAACAUUUGUGACCAAUUUUUACACAGAAGUAUUAAAUGAAUUCUUCUGUGAUGUGAAUAAUUUGACAGAGGUAAUAUACUAAUACAUUUAUUCAUUAAAUCAAAACUUAUUGACAUUUAUAAUGAUAAAAAUAUUUGCAACUCCCCUAGAAGCAUGACUUGUAAUUGGGAUAUUUAACAUAAUUUGAUCAAUAGUAUAAUAAUAGUAUACUAAUACAUAAUAAUAUACUGAAUCAAAAACAUAACUAUAUGUAAAAUCUAUUGUUUUUUUUUAAAUGUAGGUAAAAAUAUAAUUUUGUGACUGGACAAAUUUUGAAAUAAUUUUAUACUUUGUUUUCAGAUUCAAGUUACUCAAAAUCUCAAAUAUUGUGAUAUGUAUAGUGAAACUGUACCAGUAUUGAAUAUGUGUACAGCUUUAAGAUAUAUUUAUUCAAAAUUAGGAAUAGAUGAUUUUGGUUUGAAUGAUAUAUGUGAUCCAAGUAAGGUUAUAAUAUAUAUUUAUUAUUGAUUAAAAAAAUAUUGAAUUGUCUCAUGAAAGAUUGAUCACAGUAUACAUAAAGUGUGUCAAUAUAAUAUAAGGGAUUAAUUGUCUUAAAAGUAUUAACUUUUUGGAUUUUUAAGGUUCUAAAAGGACAUAUGGGUUACUUCAGACUAUGCUGAACUUCAUUAAGUACAGUGAUGUUAAAAUACACGAUGUUGACGAAAAAAUGAAAGCCAUCAGAAAUAUGAAAGAUACAAUUGACAAAACAAAACAACAAAAAGAAAUCAUUAAAAACAGUAUCAAUAAAAUGUUAUGUGAACGUAAACAGCGAGGAAUUGAAAUUAAAACAGUAAACUAAAUUCUUAGAAAAUAACUUCUAAUAUUAAAAAUAAAAAAUUCCAUUCUUUAUAAUUAAACUAAAAUCUUUGUCAAUAAAAUCAAAUAAUUUUACAGUGCAAUAUUGAUGUUUUCAUUUAGAAGUAAAACAACAGACAUUGUUUGAGCAUUGUAUUUUUUUUAUUAUUUAAUUUGAACACUUUUUUUCUAAUUAGCUUACAGAGGAAUUGAAGAUUGGCAAGUCUGAAUUAAUGAAUAUUCAGAAACGUAAGAUUGAAAUGGAAAAUGAAUUAAAUAAAGUAAAACAAGAACAAGAUACAAUUGAGAGCAAAUGUUUUAAGCUAUGUGAACUAAAAAAUAAUGUAAUUUAUUUAUUUUUGUUAUGAUUGAUAUUAAAUAAUUAAUAAUUAGUUUACAAAAACCUAAAUAUUAACUUUUCUUAUCUACUAUAAGUAAUUAAAAACAAAAUACAAAUAAACCAAAAAUAUAUAAAAUGUUGUUUUAGAUCAUAAGAGAUAUUAAUGCUCUCAGAGCUCAAAUUGUUGAAGCACCAGAUAUAUUGAAAGCUGAUCAUGAACGUCUCAAAAGGUUGAAAAAUGAAGUAACUGAAAGAAAAACUUUAACAAUGGCACAAAUUAGUGCAAAAAAACAAACAGUUUUAAUUAUGGAACAAGAAUUAGAAGCACAAGAAAAACGAUUACGUUUGUUAACAGAUGUUACUGAAAUGAAUAAAAUUAUAUCGUAUGUAGUAUUUACUUAUAUUUUUAUAUUAUAAAGUGGACAAUGUUUCUGUUUUUAGUUUUUCCAAUUAUAUUUAUAUUAUCGACAGCAAUAAACUAAAACUUAUAACAUUUAUUUUUUCAUAAUUUUAUGUUUAAGUUAUUUAAACAUUAUGUUUUAUUUUUGUUUAGCAAAUUAACACAUGAUAAUGAGAAAACAAUGCAAAACAAAGCAGAAAUAGUCGAGUCUUCUGAAAUCUUGAAAGAGAAAAUUGAAUUUUUAGAACAUGAAUGUGCUGAUAUUAAAAAUAAAAUUGAUUGUACUGUUAAAGACAUAGAACAAGAAGUAAAUUCCCUCAAGUCUAAAUAUGAUGCAUUAUCUAAGUAAGUAAUAAUAAAUAAAUUAUUAUACAUAAUAAUUAAGAUGCAGUUAUUUUAAAUACAUUUUGUAUGAAUGUAUAUAAUGUUUUUAACUAGUAUAAUUUGGAUUUAAUUUUUAGUGAGAUUACUGGUUAAGUAUUUGGUAUUUUUGGAUAUAUUUUUUUAUUUACAUUCCAAAUAUUAUGAUUUAUGAUUAUUGAAAAUAAACUCAAUUUUAUAAUGUGCAGUUUCUGAUAAAAUUUUAGAUCUAAUAAGUGUACUUAGAGAGGUCAUAAUUAUAAAAUUAGGGAAUGUACAACACAUUUUUGGUGAAAUUUUCUCUUUCACAUCUCCUCUGAUCUAUUAACUAUUGGCCUCCUUGGUCCUAACUUUCCACUAUGAAAAAAUUAAACUCUUAUUUUUAAUAGUAAACAAAAAUAUUUGUUUCUUGUGAUAAGAUGUAAAAAAAAAUAAUAAAUAUUUACAAAGCUAUUAAUAUUGGUAAACAUGGUGGGACACUGUAUUAUGUUAAAUUUAGAACCGUUCAAUAAUAAUAAUUUUAAUUUGAUUAAUACUUGUGUUUUAGAGAAAAAGAUGAAACAAUAAAACAAAAAAGUUAUCGUUGUGAAAUUAUUCAAUCAAUAGAAGACGAAAUUAAUAAUUGUUAUUCCCGUAAAACAGAAAUUGAACUUGAUGUAGCUAACAUAAUGCAAAAUUUCAGAGUUGUCAGGGAUAAAUUAACACAAAUGGUAUGAAUGAAUGUUAAUUUCAAAAUAUAUUUAUAAUUUUUUUAUAUUAAUUAUUUUUCAGCAAAAUGAAUAUGCAACAAGAGCAUUAAAAAACAACAAAAUAAUAUAA